AGAGGCAGAAGCAAGCCACUUACGCCUGAAGAGGCAGAAGCUAAGCCACUUACGCCUGAAGAGGCAGAAGCUAAGCCACUUACACCAGAAGAGGCAGAAGCUAAGCCACUUACACCUGAAGAGGCAGAAGCCAAGCCACUUACACCGGAAGAGGCUAAAGCUAAGCCACUUACACCUGAAGUGGCACAAGCUAAGCCACUUACACCUGAAGAGGCAGAAGCUAAGCCACUUACACCUGAAGAGGAUAAAGUUAAGCCACUUACGCCUGAAGAGGGAAAAGCCAAGUCACUUACACCUGAAGAAGCAGAAGCUAAGCCACUUACACCUGAAGAGGCAGAAGCUAAGCCACUUACACCUGAAGAGGCAGAAGCUAAGCCACUUACACCUGAAGAGGCAGAAUCUAAGCCACUUACACCUGAAGAGGCAGAAGCUAAGCCACUUACACCUGAAGAGGGACAAGCUAAGCCACUUACACCUGAAGAGGCACAAGCUAAGCCACUUACACCUGAAGACAGAAAAGCCAAGCCACUUACACCUGAAGAGGCAAAAGCUAAACCAAUUACACCUGAAGAGGUAGAAGCCAAGCCACUUACACCUGAAGAGGCAGAAACUAAGCCACUUACACCUGAAGUGACAGAAGCUAAGCCACUUAUACCUGAAGUGACAGAAGCUAAGCCACUUAUACCUGAAGAGGUAGAAGCUAAGCCACUUACACCUGAAGCGGCAGAAGCUAAGCCACUUACACCUGAGGAGGCAGAAGCUAAGCCACUUACACCUGAAGUGGCAGAAGCUAAGCCACUUACAUCUGAAGAGGCAGAAGCUAAGCCACUUACACCUGAAGAAGCAAAAGCUAAGCCACUUACACCUGAAGAUACUAAGCCACUUACACUUGAAGCAGAAGCUAAGCCACUUACACCUGAAGAGGCAGAAGCUAAGCCACUUACACCAGAAGAGGCAGAAGCUAAGCCACUUACGCCUGAAGAGGCAGAAGCUAAGCCACUUACACCUGAAGUAGAAGGUAAGCCACUUACGCCUGAAGAGGCAGAAGCUAAGCCACUUACGCCUGAAGAGGCAGAAGCUAAGCCACUUACACCUGAAGAGGCAGAAGCUAAGCCAUUUACACCUGUAGAGGCAGAAGCCAAGCCACUUACACCUGAAGAGGCAGAAGUCAAGCCAUUUACGCCUGAAACAGAAGCUAAGCCACGUACGCCUGAAGAGGCAGAAUUGAGCCAAUUUACACCUGAAACAGAAGCAGACGCGGUGAAAGAGGUUAAGCCCAUCUCACUAAGAAUAGAAACGAAACCAAUGACUGAAGACAAGCACCUCGUUUCUGAAACUAAGCCCAUCGAACCCAGGGAAGAAGAAAAAGCCAAGCCAUCCAUCCCCGAUCUGAAAACGGGACCGAAGCCAGCCCAGAUCGAUUCGACCCCAACCAUUCCCGGAGUCAAAACUCAAGCCAAGGUCUCCAGCCCCGCAGCCAAGCCAGCAUUUCGUCCAGUCAUCCGGCUUAUUGACCUCGGGAGCGCGCGUCGUGUGUCUCCUCCGCCAGGCAGUAGUCGAUGGGGCCUUCCCACAGGGCCGAGAGAGGUAUCCCAGAAGGAACCCCCUGUGCUUGCAGGAUCUCCCGAGUUCUUGGCUCCUGAACUGGUCCGGAGGCUGAGUGUGGGUGUUCCUGCUGACUACUGGAGCUUGGGCGUGCUGAUCUACGUCCUGGUCAGCGGUCGAUCUCCCUUCCUCGGUGUCUCCCCUGAGGCGACCUGCAGAAACAUCCUGUCAGGAGAAGUGCGGUUUCCUGUGGAGCACUUCGCCUCAGUCACAGACGAGGCUUGCGAACUCACCCGCGAACUCCUGGUCCAUGACCCUGCAGAGCGCCCUGACCUCGAUCGGGUUCUGGCCCACCCCUGGUUCAAUAUGAAAGAGUGCGAGAGCGUCCUGCCCAUCCAGAGCCUGGCGGAUUUCUGCUUCAGGAGGUCGAAAAUUGCAACGUCGACUCAAGAAGUCACUCCUCACUCCCCACACUUCAGCACUUCCACUUAGUGAUCAAUAAUUGAUAAUUAAUCAUCAAUAAUCAAUCAUUAACUCCACAGCCAGUUACAAGGUCAUCGCAAUGAGGACGGUGAUGUCCUGAGCGUUAAGUGGCACUAUUAAACAGGAAAAUAAGAUCUGUAGGAAAUACUAAAAGAAUAUGGAAUCACGAGAAAGAUUCAUACAAUUGUAUACGUAAUAACCUUGGCAAAGGAAUACAAGUGUCUGUAAAUAAUAUAUAAAAUAUAUAUCAAUUAAAACACGUUUUAUGAAGUAGUAUAGACAGAAUACAAAUAUUAUUUUUCAACUGUGACAACAGGAUAUAAUGAGGCUAAAUUUCUUAUGACAAUACACUUGUUAUUUACCUUUAUGUUAUCUCCCUUUCCUCAAAUAAUCAGCCUAUAAACAGCAAUGUAUAAAGAAAACAUAAUAAAUUAAAUUACGUUGUAAGUUAGUACUAUGUCAACUUGUUUAGGAUUAAUGUUAUAUUUUAGAAAUAUGCAAUCUUACUGCCACAACUAGUUCUACUAUAUGAAUGGUCUCAAAAUAAAAUUACUUUUUCAUGA